UUACUACAGAAAACGGUUUAGAUUGUUUCCAUUAAUGGACUCUCAAAAUAGUUUAAAUAGGAUCAAAUUUAUCAAGAAUUUUGCAAAAUAAAUAGCAAUAUAUUAAUUCAAUUUAACCAACAAACUAACAAACAAUUUAAACAUGAAAGCCGUUCUUUUUACAAUCUUAGCUACUGCUUCAUUAGCUUUAGCUGAUGACACUAUCACUCAAGCUCCAAGUCCAACUACCAACAAUCCUUAUGCUACUUAUCCAGCCGUUGCAAAGACUGCUUCUAUUAAUGGGUUCGCUGAUAGAAUCUACGAUCAAAUGCCUGAUUGUGCUAAACCAUGUUUAUUCGAAGAUACUGGUAAAACUCCAUGUCCUUAUUGGGAUACUGGUUGUUUAUGUGUUAUGCCUCAAUUUGCUGGUUCAAUUGGUGAAUGUAUUGCUCAAAGUUGUAAAGGUGAAAAUGUGGUUGUUGCUACAAGAUUAGCUACUUCUAUUUGUUCAAGUGCUGGUGUUUGGUCUCCUUAUUGGAUUAUUCCACCUCCUGUUUCACUGGACUUAUCAGUUGCUGCUGCUGCCACUGAUGCAGUUGCUACUAAUGAUGCCUCUGAACAUAAAAGAGAUCAAGUUGACAACCAAAGAGAUGCUGUUGCUAAAGCUGCUCCAUCCUAUUAAGUUGCGAAUAUAGAUACUUUAUAGAUUUUCCAUAUAUAGAUACGAUUAAUUGUGUUCAAUAAAUAUAAAUAUGUAUGAAUAAAUGUAUUUGAAUUAUUGCAAUCAGAUUAACAGUGGUGACAGAGUCAAAAAAAUUAAAUUUCAAAAAUAAAUCA